AUGUCAGGCUACCUCGUGGCACCAAAGUGGUACCUCAUGCAGCGCUGCACGGCGGCGGCGGGCUUCUCGCCGGUACCAGCGAGCGAUGCGGCCGGCCAUGCAACGCUGACGCGCGUGCCGAAGAUGCAGCCAUUGCCGCCACCACCGCUGGAGGACGGCAAGGGCAGUACGGCGCCGAAGCAGUCGCGCUUCCACAGCGAUCGCCGCUUGCUGGAGGCGCGCGUGGGCUGCCGCUUUGGCCUCGACCCGCUCGGCGGCGAGCAUCUUUUCGAGCGCGACGGCCUCCGCAUGCUCUCGACAGAGACUGGCCGGUCGCGCCUCUCGCAAGCGUCCCGGUCUCUCUCUGGCGACAGCCUCGACGCGAUCGAGCCGAUCGUCGCGCGCUCGUCGGUGGGCACGGCGUUCUACCUCUUCAACCACCAGGUCGGCGGCCACAAGCCAUUCCUGCGCAGUGCACCGGGCGAGGUGUGCAAACCAGCCAUCCCGCUCGAGCUCGCGUUCUACCGCGCGUUAAGCGGCCGCUUCCCGCAGCUGGAGCCGUUCGUGCCAGCCUAUUUGGGCACGAUCACCGUGGAUUUACAGCCCCACAGCGACAAGGCCAGCAAGCCCGGGACCGGUCGCAAAUCGAGCAAGUCGGUCGACACGAGCGUGAGCUACAGCCUCUGGAACAAAGAAGUCGGCAAGACGGUCGAAGACGACGACGUCGCGCCGUCCUUUCUGUGCGAGUACCUCGUUCUCGGGGACCUCACGUCGGGCUACACGAGGCCGUGCGUCUUGGAUAUCAAGAUGGGCACCCGCCAGCACGGGGAGGACGCCUCCGAAGAGAAGGCGCGCAGCCACACGCUCAAGUGUGCGGCGACGACGUCGGCGGAGCUCGGACUGCGGCUCUGCGGCAUGCAGAUUUACCGGCAGUGCGACAGCCGCUACGUCCUUCGGGACAAGCAUUGGGGUCGACGACUGCACGCGAGCGACAUCGAGCCCGCUCUUCUCUUUUUUGUCUCCAACGGUGAAGUGGUGCGGCAAGACGCGGUCGCUGGGCUCUUGCAGCGACUCCACGCGCUCAAGGACGUGAUUGCGGCCACGGACGGCAUUCGGUUCUGGGGUGCGUCACUUCUCUUGGUGUAUGAGGGCGAGACUAAGGGCCGGCCGACCCGCGCCACUGACGUCCGGCUCAUCGACUUUGCGCAUUGCCACCAAGACCCGUGUAUUGGCUCGCCGGACGAGGGGCUCUUGCUGGGCUUGAGUAACCUGAUUGCGUACCUGACGCAUAUCGCGUCGGGGCCGCCCACCGCGUUGCCGCCCCCCGAGCUCGACACGAUAUAACGUCGGUCUCUUCUGUACUACUUUAACUCUUAUAGAGGUCGAUGCCCGGUUCCAUCGGUGCUUUAUACGUGUACUACUAAAC